AUGGAACAAAAACGCCGGCCCCACAGGGCCUCCCACGUGGCCAGCCAGAAAACCAUGACAAAUGCCUUUGAGGCCUGGUGGGACCAGGACUGGUUUACACCCGAAGCCCGGGAGACACAGAUCCAAGAGCCGCAAGAAGACCAAAAAACCCCAG